AAAUCGAUCAUUCAAUUCAAAUUUCAAAUAUUCAGAGUUCAUAAUCAAAACAACAUCAAGUUUCUUCACAGUACACGAAAAUGUCUGGCCGUGGAAAAGGAGGAAAAGGAUUGGGAAAGGGAGGAGCUAAGAGGCACAGAAAAGUGCUUCGCGACAACAUCCAAGGCAUAACCAAACCCGCGAUUCGUCGUUUGGCUAGAAGAGGCGGUGUCAAGAGAAUAAGCGGCCUCAUCUAUGAAGAAACCCGCGGUGUUCUCAAGAUCUUCCUUGAGAAUGUUAUUCGUGAUGCUGUUACCUACACCGAGCACGCUAGAAGGAAAACCGUUACGGCCAUGGAUGUUGUUUAUGCUCUGAAGAGGCAGGGAAGGACUCUUUACGGCUUCGGUGGUUGAUUCUUGUUUUCAAUUCAUGGUUUUGUUAGCGUUAGAUUGGUUUAGUUGUAAAUGUUUGUUAAUUUUGAUGUGUUUUUCAUAUGUUCUGUUUCUGUUCUUUUGAUUUGAUUAGUCCUAUAUUUAUUUGAAUUGAAGUGUACCAAUUUGUUCUUUGCUGCAAUAUUGACUUUAAUUUUUAA